AGUUAGUAACUUAAUAAAGCUGCUGGAUGCUAUCCCAGUGCACAAUGUGUGGAUCAUGUUCAUCUGACGGACCUGCUCUUUGCUUCACUCCUGAGUUCAGACAGCCUGCUGCCUUCCUGAGGUUUCUGUCCUGGUGUAAGUGUCAGAGCAUAAUGGUGGCUUUUAAAGGGAUCUGGACCAAGGACUUCUGGAGGGCUGUGUCCGGAGAAUACCUGGCCACACUCAUCUUUGUCCUUUUUGGUCUGGGCUCCACCAUCAACUGGGCUGCAGGAGAGGAGAAGCCUCCCCCAGCUGACCUAGUCCUCAUCUCCCUGUGCUUUGGUCUGAGCAUUGCCACUAUGGUGCAGUGUUUUGGCCACAUCAGUGGUGGACACAUUAACCCAGCAGUCACUGCAGCCAUGGUGGUAACUAGAAAGCUGAGCCUGGCAAAGGCGUUGUUCUAUGUGAUGGCUCAGUGCCUGGGAGCUAUAACAGGAGCUGGGAUCCUCUUCUUAGUCACACCUGCUGCAGUUAGAGGGUCCCUCGGUGUUACCACGGUGAACUCCAACAUCUCAGUAGGACAUGGUUUUCUUGUAGAGCUUCUUAUCACUUUUGAACUGGUCUUCACUGUCUUUGCCACCUGUGAUCCCAAACGCACCGACCUGGGAGGCUCUGCUGGCCUUGCCAUUGGCUUUGCUGUAACUAUUGGUCACUUGUUUGCAAUCCCUUACACAGGAGCCAGCAUGAAUCCUGCUCGAUCUUUCGGGCCUGCAAUGGUCACACUUAACUUCGAGAACCACUGGGUGUACUGGGUGGGACCCCUUCUGGGGGGCAUUCUGGCUGCUGGUCUUUAUGAGUACCUGUACUGCCCCGACCCUGAGUUACAGAAGAGACUGAAGUUGGUCUUACAGAAGGACCCAGCAGGGAAAUACAGGGAGGUGGCGACAGAGGACGUUGCCAUCAAGCCAGGCUCCAUCCACAGCAUCUCUGAUGUGCAGAACGCUGAGAAAAAAGAUCCUUUCCAGGACUCGACAGGAGAAGUGCUGUCUUCAGUAUGACUAUCACGUGCGCUGGAAAUGGAGACCAAUCUGUAGAAAUGACAGUCAAACUUUGUAGCAUCCAUCUCGAGCGUGUCCCUCUCCAAAGACCUCAAAGCAGAAUAAAAUUUCUGUCCAUGAGGCUUCACAGUGAAGCUGGAUUACACUUAUUGUCAUAAAGCUAAUGUGAUUUUAUGGCUCAAUCGCACAAACAUCUAGAGCCUGUUCAAUACUACUCCCGAGGAUCCCCUUGAAUGAUUUUGUAGGUGUUGGCAUACGCGGCAGAAUGGCAGCCAGCAAUACAUUGUGUCUCAGGAAAUAUGUGUAGGGUCAACCAAUUAUGUGGGGUCAUCACGCUGAAUUGGAAGAGUGAAGAAGAAAAUGCAGGCUUGUUAUUUUUGGAUUAGUGUCACAUUUGGUCCAUGUAUUGUGUAUGUAAUGACAGGACAGAUUUUCCUUGUGAUUAUUAAGCACAUUACAGGUCCCAAGCAAUGUAAGACAGCUCUGACCAGUUUCAUUACGGUGCUCUCCAUUUUCAGUGCAUUAGUCAGGGGAAACAACCAGCUCAUCUUUCUGGAAACACUGUGUUCAGUGCUUAUCUGGUCUAUUACCACAUAAUGGUUUUUUAAUUUUCUUAUUCUGUUUCAUAAAACUGUGAUACAUGGCCCUUUUUUGUUCAGUAGGCCUAGAUGUGCUUCUCGUAACACAUUUCUUAUUUCUCUGCAUGAUGCUGAAUUUAAUACUUAAGCAUUUAACUUACUGAUCUGUCUCAAUGAUUUUCAUUUUUUUUUCUCUCUGUUUUGGUUUUAUUCUCACAAACUGCAAGUAUGAGAUGUAAAAUAUCCUACAUGAUAAUAAUAAAGACUGUUUUUUAUUUC